AGAUACAGUGCGGAAAUGUGCUAAUGGUUGCACGGGCCGUUUGUGAGUUCAUCUGAUAUUCUUGUCAUCAGGAGUUAACUUCCAGUUGCAAAUGAGUUUGGGUUUGGGUCAGGAAUGCCUAUUUCAAACAGUCUGGUAUAAAAGAAUGCUUUGGGUGUUUGAUGAGCCGUAUAAAUCAAGGAUUUCAAACGUGUUGUUAACAUUCUGAGUAGUUAAUGUUCAUUGCAGGAACUAAUAUCACGCGUCCAGUUUAUCAGGAGGCGAUGGUGAAGUCCGAGAGGUGCAGGCUUCUAAAUUUAAACAACAGUUGCCAUCUUGACAAGAGGCUGCAUUCCUAACCCAUAUAAGUCCACGUUGCUGUUCGAGCAGCUUGCAUGGGGCAGAUUUCCCAGAAGUUGAUUUGUAAUUUGCUCUGUGGAGCCAGAGUGCAAAGACUCGCUUCCAAUGCUGCUGACAGAUUUAAACCGAGAGUGCCUGCUGCAUAUUUUCUCCUUUUUGGACAAGGAGAACAGGAAGAGCAUGUCAGAGACUUGCGGAGCGCUGCGGGAAGUCUUCCAUGACCCUGCCCUGUGGUCCCUGUUGUGCUUCUCCUCACCGUUGGAGCUAAAGAAGGACAACUUUGUGCUCAGCCCCGCGCUGCGAUCGCUGGCUAUCUGCUGGCACUCCAGCCGAGUUAAGGUGUGUAACAUUGAGGACUGGGCCAAGAGCAGCUUCCAGAGGGACAUCUGUAGCCGCCACCACACUCUGGUCAACGGCUUCCUGGCUGAAGUCAGCUGCAGGUGUCCAAACUUGCUGUCAUUAACCCUUGCUGGGUGUGGACACCUUACAGACGACUUCAUCUCACAAAUCCUGGGCCGAUGCAGCAAACUAAACACGUUGAAGCUGGAGAACUGUGCCCGCCUGACGGACAAAAGUCUGGAGGCCGUUGCCAUCCACGGGGGCAACUUGAGGACGUUGAACGUGGACUUCUGCCGGAAUAUCACACAGGAGGGCCUGGACCGGAUCGGUCGGACCUGCCCAUCACUGCGCCUCCGUGCAGAUCACAGCGCUGCAAUGAUUCCUGAUCAGCCCGACACAAGCGACAGCCUCGGGAAAGGGAGGAAGAUGCGAGUGCCCUGGUAACACUGCAACUCCUGGACUAAGGGAAGACAAGGACAUGUCCGAGUUGUGAGUCUCUGACUGCGACAAAUCUUCACAAGGACAGUAGGUGUCUCCGUGAGGGACGGGGAAAGACAAGUGUUGCCGUGGUUAUAUUUUAUGUCUCUCUGGUCAGUCAUACAGCAAAGAAACUGGCCAUUUGGCCCAACUUGCCCUCGCCGAUCAAGAUGUCCCACCUGCCUAUUUUUGGCAGAUAUCCCUCUAUCGUUCCUAUCCAUGAACUUGCCCACGUCUUUGAAACGUUGUUAUAGUCCUGUAUAACUUCAGCUUCCCCGUCUGGCAGCUUGUUCCAUACACCCACCACUCUGAUAGUCAUACAGCAUGGAAACAGGCCCAACUUGCCCACGCUGGCCAACAUGUCCCUGUUACACUAGUCCCAGCUGCCUGCGUUUGAUCCAUAUACCUCCAAACUUGUCCAUGUACCUGUCUGUUUCUUAAAUGUUGGGAUAUUUCCUGCCUCAACUACCUCCUCUGGCAGCUCGUUCCAUACACCCACCACCCUUUAUAUGCAGAAGUUACCCCUCGGAUUCCUAUUAAAUCUUUUCCCCUUCAUCUCAAACCUAUGUCCUCCUGUCAUCGAUUCACCUACUCUGAGCAAGAGACACUGUGCAUCUAUUCCCCUGAUGAUUUUAUACAGAAGAAUCUCAGAAUUGCUCCGUGAAAACCCAACGGAGCUCUGUCCCUGACACCAUCCACAUGCAUGUGGCUCAGAGCUGAUUCAAGUGGUCGGACAGCUGUAGUGGUGAAAGGGGCG